AUGGCCCAAGCGCGAGUCUCUCCGUCGGGAGCGCACUUCUCGUAUUCCACGCCGCCCAGCCCACUCUCUCUGGACGGCAAGCCGCACUCGUUGGAAGGUCGGAUCAGCAACCCUCCUCACGCGCAGCAAGACGCUGGUGUGGCGGAGGCGGCGGAGCUGACGGCGGACCUAGGCGCGAUGGGCGGAGACGAGGAGAUGGCGGAAGAAGGGAGCUGUGAGGGCGGAGGGGGGUUGGAGUGGCGGCGAGUGGUGGCGAUGCUGAUGUCGGACACGAAACACGCGAUGAAGACUGUGGAUUGCGCCAUGGGCGGGCAGGGCGGGCAGGACGAGCAGCAGCAGCAGCAGCAACAAUGUGACGAGACGCGAAACCAGCAGCUGUCGUACCAGCAUGUUGAUACGCAUCCAGAACAGACGCAACUCUAUCAUCAUGAUCACAACUUCCACGACGAUAACGAGAACCAGCACCCGCGGCUCGGGAAUGACACUGCGCAGUGUCACCAUCGCAACUGGCAGGCUCGGGGGAGUAGCGCUUCCCCAGGUGCCCAUAGAGCCGCGGUUGCGCAAGAGGAACGCUCUGCAGGAGCAGUCAGCGCGAUACCCGCUGCUGCCGCUACCCCAUUUGAGGGGCCUGAUUGGCUGCACCACCUGCACUCGGGCAAGCUGCAAACGCUCCCCAUCAUGCUACGGAUGGAGACGACCAAGGAUCGCAUUUCGCUGCUACGACAACUCGUCGCACCCGCACUAACGAAGGGAGACACGGCAACGGUGCUUGGUGAGGUCGAACUGUUUGUGAGGGCAGUUUACGAGAAGCUCAAGGAGAUCAGCAACAGUCACGAGCAGCACGCCGCGUUUCCCGCCAACAAGAAUGGGGAGGGGUUGUGCGCUCCGGCUAGUGGCUGGGCACAGAAUGAAUUUGGGAUGGAUGGAGGCAUUGGUGGGCGCGGUGGCGAAUCGGCGGGGAUCGAUCUCAGCAUGGUGGUGCGACUAUCCGAUAAGGAGCCGCGCGCGUUUCUGUAUAAGAGCUUCCUGUCGGACGAGGAGUGCGACCACAUCGUCAACAUCGCCACCGCUAGACUCGCCAGGUCGGCAGUGGCGGACGGCAGCAGCGGGAAGAGCGUGGUGAGCGAGGUGCGCACGUCCACAGGCAUGUUCCUCACUAAAGGCGAGGAUGACGUCAUCCGAGCCAUAGAGCAGCGCGUCAGCGAGUGGACAUUCCUUCCCGUGGCCAAUCAGGAGGCUCUGCAGGUCCUGCGGUACGCCAUCGGGCAGAAGUACGACGCCCACCUCGACUAUUUCUCGGACCCCGUCAACACGCAGCUGGGCGGGCACCGCUACGCCACGCUGCUCAUGUACCUCAGCAACGUCACCAAGGGCGGAGAGACCGUCUUCCCCACGGUGAAAGACGACACGCCGAAAGAUGACUCAUGGUCCGACUGCGCCAAGGGCGCCCUCGCUGUGAAGCCCAUCAAGGGCGACGCCCUGCUUUUCUUCAACAUGCAUCCAGACGGUUCCCCUGACCCCUCCUCGCUGCACCAUGCAUGCCCGGUAGUGGAGGGCAUCAAGUGGUCAGCACCCAAGUGGAUCCGCAUGGGCGAUGUCACCGUGCCGCUGGGUGAUGCUGUCACCGCCGCCUGUCAGGACAGCAACGCUUAG